AUGACUUCGAAGUACUUUGAAACCGUAAAUGAAAGACCACAAACUCGCGAUCGAUCCUCUCCGCACGUGGAUGACCCGACUCAAGCAGGGGAUGCGCCUGUCGUUGUCCGUGAGGUUGCCUCGUACCGCCAUCGCCUUCCGCUGGGACCCGAUGCUGCGACUCCAGACCGAACGGCACCGUCUCCGCAGAACAUACACAAGGGGGCAUGUGAUGUAUGCAGGCAGAAAAAGCAGAAAUGUGAGGUCAACGGAAGCGAGACUGACUGUGCAUACUGUCUUAAGUCUGGGCUGCAAUGCGUCAGAAAUUCACUUAAUCAAUCUUCAUCUCGGAAGAGGCGUCAUUCAAUAGGCAAGCCCACCACUCCCGUGGGCAACCAAGGAGAGGGGCUAUCCAAGCGACUCCGUUCGCCGGCGGGUCAAGUCCCAACUCGACAGCCUAGACUAAGUACCACGAUAACGGUCGAUACUGCAAUGGACAGUGAAGAAAUUGGUCAUCGCCGAGCAACAUCGAUCAGCCCGGAAUUGGGAUCUUGGGCACCCGAAUCACGGGUGCCCCAAUACGCCCCGCAGUCCGCGACGGUCAACACGAUGGCUCUUGACCCGGGCUCCGUUCUAAACGGCUUCAAGGAUUCGUCGUCGGCAAAUGUGCCGGGACCGACCGGUCACCGGACAUAUCAUGAAGUCUUGCGUGAGGCGGUUCGAAACCACAGGGCGAACGCUCGAGGUCAUAAGAAGCUCGAGCAAAGAAAAGCCACGUUGAAAAAAGAGAUUGAGACUUAUGAAGAAGAGCUCAACACUCGUAAAACUGAAAUGGCUGAUUUAGAAGUGAAACUCUGUAAAGCGCAGCAAGACGACGAAGAUUUGAAGAAGGAGGUCUUCCAAAUUCAGAAAGCCCAGACGGACAAGAUAUACCGCGAGCUAGAUGAGGAGGAGGAGAGGAUGGCCCAGUAA